CUAUGUGACUGCAGCUUUGAAAAUCACUCUGAGGAAGAGAAAUCCGUAUACAUUCAGAAACACCUACUCAGAAGGAUGGAAACGGUACGAUCUCCAACGACAUUCAAACGGACUCCCAUAGGCAUAUACACAUUCAAUUUAUAACUCAGAACCCACUGCAAGUAAGCGAAAGGACAAGGAUCUUCAAGCGCUAUUCAUUCUUUCUUUUGUUUAACCAUAUGGGGAUUAAACAUAUUCAUGAAGGAACUUGUUAAAGCGUUGAUGAACUGAAAAAGCUUCGAACUCACAGAAUAAACUGUCCACACUCAUGAAUCUUAACCAUAGUUCACUUGCGGGUGACUCAGCCAACGUUCUGAGAUUGAACAGACGGAUUGCAAAAGCAAGAUUGCACUUCCUCAAAAGCCAUACUUUAAAAUCAGCCGGCAUAGUCUAUGUGCAUUAUUUUCAGGGGAGACCAAGGGUUUUAGGUUCGACUUUUGGACAAGCUUCCCCCUGCCUCCUGCCAGAAGACCCGGAAUGGACGAGGGUCUUGGCCCGCUUCCAUGUGCCUACCAUCCCUCCGACGCUGUGGCUUCGCACCAGUGCUGACUGACUCCCACAUCCGCCCCUGGGAAUAUGACUCAAACGGACUACAAGUUCAGCCUGCUCAGGGAGAGGCCGCUCCUGCUGCAGGUGGAGGACAGUCCCAUGAACCUGUUCGCCCUGCUGGAGGUGAAGAGGGAGCCCCAGCGGAGAUGGAGUGCCCUGGCCUGCUUCCGGAAGGCCAGACUAUACGGCUUCUUCUUCGGGCUGAUGGUCAUGUUUCUGAUCAUGGCUUCCUACAUCCUGACCGGGGACAAGAAGAGACUCCUGCUGACUCCGUCUCCUUACCACUUCUCUGCGUUAGUCAACCCGGGUCCCUUUCCCUUCAACCUCUCCUCAGCCAGGGACUACGCCAACAUCAAAAUGGUGGUGAAAUCCAUCGCGUCUAAAGUGGUGUUCAGCUCAAGGCCGAUUCCUGACAGGAGGGACCUGGUCCAUAAUGAACCGCAUAUGUUUUCCGUUAUCCCCCGUAAAUUCCUCCCUGAUGCCAAGAACCCGUGUUGGUACGAGGAACACUCUGGGAAUAUCACCGGCGACCCUUACGGCGCGAACCUGUACGCCCGCUACUCCAAGCGUUUCCGAACCGCGUUCGACAACCUGAGGAACACUUUCAGGGAACAUUUGUAUCGCCGUGGGAACAAGUACUACCGCCUGCGGUGCCUGCCCUACUUUUACAUCAUAGGACAGCCAAAGUGUGGCACGACCGACCUUUACGACAGACUGAGAUUACACCCCGAUGUGAGGUUCACCACUUUCAAAGAGCCCCACUGGUGGACCCGGAAAAGGUUUGGUAUCAUCAGGCUCAGCGAGGGUUUCCACGACCGCUACCCGGUGGAGGAUUACCUGGAUCUGUUUGAUCCCGCGGCAUACCUGAUCCAAAAUCACCUGCAGGGAAACUCAUCGUGGGGCUCCAGCAAGCGCAACAUCAUUAUAGGCGAGGCCAGCGCAUCCACGAUGUGGGACAACAACGCCUGGGUCUACUUCUACGACAACGGCACGGAGGGCGAACCCCCGUUCCUGAUCCAGGACUUUGUGCAUGCCGUCCAGCCUGAUGCCCGGUUCAUCGUGAUGCUGAGGGACCCUGUGGAGAGGUUGUACUCCGACUACCUUUAUUUCGGCAUCGCCAACAAGUCAGCGGAGGACUUUCAUGAGAAGGUGUCCGACUCCCUUCAGCUGUUCGAAGGCUGUCUGGCUGAAUUCUCGAUGCGCUCCUGCGUGUACAACACCACCCUCAACAACGCCAUGCCUGUGCGAUUACAGGUCGGGCUGUACAUUGUGUAUUUACUGGACUGGCUGACGGUCUUUGACAGAGAUCAGAUUUUAAUCUUACGGUUGGAAGACCACGCCUCAAAUAGGAAAUACACCAUGCACCGAGUCUUCGACUUCCUCAGCUUGGGGCCUUUGACAGAACAGAAGGAGGCAGAGAUCACCAAAAGUCCUGCGUCCAACACCAGGAGGCCAGCAGACAAGAACCUGGGACCCAUGCUCUCCGUCACCAAGGAGAUCCUCCGGGAUUUUUAUUCCCCCUUCAACCAGAAGCUGGCUAAAGUGCUCCGGAAUGAGUCAUUCCUGUGGGCCGGCCAUUCCAAACACAUGUGAAUCAGCCCCGAUCGGAAAAAUCUGAAUAUGAAAUAUUUCGUUCAGGAAAGAGAAUGAGAGUGGCCAUAUUCAAAAAUUGGCAUUGGGGAUGUUUGUUUUUAUUUAAAUUAUUUUAAGUUAUGAAGGAGAGAAGAAUCACUGAUGCAAAAUGGCACGGAACAUUUUAUCUUAUCUGAUCUUGUUUUUACAUUAGAGAAAAGGGGCCAUUUCUUUCCCUUUGGUCACGCAUUUGCGAUUUGCAUUAAAUAAAAUACAUAAUGACCAAGGAGCCUGCUUUUAUUUAUUUAUUUUUUACAUCAAUGGAGCCAUCUGUGCUUUUUUCAGAAUGAUUGUACAGUAUCAGUUGAUAAUUGUAAUAAAUGUUUAAGUUCUAAACGUGCAA